GAAUCUACAUUUGGAUUUUCCCAUAUCUCUCCUCCUCAUACUUCUGCUACUUAUCUUCCCUCUUCUUCCAUCACUGCCAAUUCUUCUCUCUCACUCGCUCAUCAAACACAUCUCUCCAUUUUCUUGAAGAUGGCAUCCACUGUGCUGAGAAGCUGCGGCGUCGCCGCUGUUGCCCCAUCGCUGCUAUCUUCUUCCAAGUCUAAAUUCGCCACCUCGCUGCCACUCCCCAAUGCUGCCGCCGGCUCUGCCCGGGUCACCAUGUCUGCCGACUGGAUGCCCGGCCAGCCCCGCCCACCCUACCUUGAUGGCUCCGCCCCUGGUGACUUUGGAUUUGACCCACUUCGGCUUGGUGAAGUCCCAGAGAAUCUGGAGAGAUAUAAGGAAUCCGAACUUAUCCACUGCAGAUGGGCUAUGCUCGCUGUUCCGGGAGUCCUAGUGCCAGAAGCCUUGGGCUUAGGCAACUGGGUACAGGCUCAAGAGUGGGCAGCAAUUCCAGGAGGCCAAGCCACCUACUUGGGCAACCCAGUCCCAUGGGGCAACCUCCCGACAAUUUUGGCGAUCGAAUUCCUGGCCAUUGCCUUUGUUGAGCACCAACGCAGCAUGGAGAAGGACACCGAGAAGAAGAAGUACCCUGGUGGCGCUUUCGACCCAUUAGGCUACUCCAAGGACCCUGUCAAGUUCGAGGAAUACAAAGUGAAAGAGAUCAAAAAUGGCCGCCUUGCAAUUUUGGCGUUCGUCGGGUUCUGCGUCCAACAGUCGGCUUAUCCCGGAACAGGACCAUUGGAGAAUCUGGCUUCUCACUUGGCAGACCCAUGGCACAACAACAUUGGCGAUGUCAUCAUCCCCAGAUCAAUUAUGCCUUGAGGAUGGAAUUUUAAUUUGAUCCAUACCCCACCGUAAAACUCCAUUUUAUCAUCUGUAAUGAAUCUGAGUUGCAUAUCUUUGAUCUAUGUAUGAUAAUUCCUAUUACUCAUCUUCAUCCUAGUGACUAGCACUCAUCUUAGAUCCAAAAACUAUUGUGAAAACUGUGAAUCUCAGUAUAUCAGUUGCUGCAAUACCAGUGUGACUUCAUCUCAA